CGCCCGCGGGCCCGCCCGGGGCCGGGGCUGCUCCUGCUGCUCGUCCGGCUGGCGCUGCCCGGGGCGGCCGCGGGCAGCGGGGAGGCGCCGCCAGCAGGUAAAAACUGCAGCUUAUUGCAUGAAAUGGAUAUCAUUCAGAAGCAGGAUGAAAACUGUUACUGCUAUGUGCAAAACAGAACCAUUCACUUACAGUACCUGUGGUCGACUAUCCAGAUAAAAGUUACCAGCAGAGAAAAGUUCCGGUUUGAGCCUAUUUCAGAAAAAAAAACCUGUCAGAAUUCAGAAACUGUUUUUGAGUUUGCUGCAUGUGCUGUUCAAAUCCUCUGGAAGCCAGAGACAUGUACAGAAACUUUCCUGAGCAUAAAACAAUAUGGAGAGGAUGUUUGUUUCAAAAUACAACCCUUCAAAAUUGAACCAUACGUUGUGAGGGUGAAAAGAGAAAUGCUAGAUGGAAAGCUCUUGUUUUUGUUUGUAGCUGGAAUUUUUCUGUUCCAUUUUGCAAACAGCCUGAGCAGGAGUGCCAAGUUCUUUUACCUUUCUGGAAUAAUACUGGGUGUUCUUGCUCUGCUAGUCUUUGUCCUGUUGACACUUAAAAGGUUUAUUCCAAGGCACAGCACCUUCUGGAUUUUAAUGAGUGGCUCCUGGAUGGUCUCUCUCUAUUUUAUUUACUGCUUCAAAGAGAAUAUACAGUGGUUAUGGUCUGAACACAAAAACUACCUGUUGGGGUAUUUUCUGGCUGUUGGGAUUACCAGCUUUGCCAUUUGCUAUCAGCAUGGGCCACUGACCACGGAACUCAGCAUAACCUUGUUCACAUGGAUGCUCCAAUUAACAGCCUUUGUCCUGAUCUACUUUGGUGUCACCAUCCCUCAAGUUGCAUAUGCAGUCAUAGCAGUCAGCCUCUGCUCCAAAGGCCUGUGUUACCCCCUGGGUGCUGCCUGUCAUAUUGCCAGAAAAAUGAAGCAUCUUUUUAAAUCAAAAAAAUUGGUGUUUAAAUACCUUACUGAAGAGGAGUAUCGAGAACAAGGUGAAAGCGAAACUAUCAGAGCUCUGGAGGAGCUGCGCUCAUUCUGCAGGAGCCCAGACUUCCCAUCGUGGAUAGCUGUAUCCAAACUCCAGGCUCCACACAGGUUUGCAGCUUUUGUUCUGGGAUCUCCCCACGUCUCACUUGCAGAAACAAAGGCGCAUGAGGAGCAGUAUGGCAUUGGGAGCUUCUUCCUGGAAGAGCAGCUGUUUGAGACAAGGGCACAGUCUGAGCAAGAUGAGCCAGCCAAUUCUGUCCACGAAGAAGAUGAGGAGAAUGAAAAUGAAAUGCAUACACAAAUUCCAUUUCCAUAUGCUAAUGAGCUGCUCUGAAAUUUGAGAAAUAACAAUAACAAAAACGAGACAGAAAACACACUUGUCCUAGAAAGGGAGGAUACAGAAUGAGAACUCAUGCUUGGCCUUUUCUUGUGGUUGCUGGUGGACAAAGAUGGAUUUUUGAAAAAAACUGUUUCCUGUAUCACGAUGUUACCUAUUAGAGCUACAGAAGAACACCACAGGGGCUGUUCAAGUGAAGAGAAAGCUCAUGCUACGGGUAUUUUCACUAGGUAAACAAACAUUGUGUAUUUCCAAGGCAAGUACAGGAGACAGCCUGUCCACGAGGAUGCCUUCUUUUACCAAGGACACUACCUCUAGUAAACAGGGAAUCUAUUUUGGCCCUUUCCAUCAUCAAGUCCUCUGUGCUGAGCACUAGAGGGAGGAAAAGUCAUUUUUAAUACUCUCCUUUAUACUAAAUACUCUCUGUGUCAAGACUUCUGAUAAUGCUGUUAGAGUGUCGAUAAACUGUUCGUUGUGAGACUUUUCUUAGAGAGUUAAUGCAGUCAGCUGCAUUAACAAGGUUUGUUUCCUCUCCUGGCUAGGCUGGUCUGUUAACUUAAUUCUGCCUCUGCCUUUAGUUUUAAGCUCCCCUUACUCCUCAGAAUGCUGCCUGACUUUUUACCCUCUGCCCAUACUAUUCUGUUCAUACUACCUCUGCUACACUGCAUUUUGUUCUUUCCAAGCCUUUGUUUAUUUAUAUAUUUUCUUCCCUCUUGUAGCAGAUCUUCUUCUAAACCUUUAGCAGAUCUGCUAAACCUUUCUCUAGCCCUCUGCUUCUCCCACCUCUAACAAUGGAGAUGGUUCAGGAGAGGUUUUCCAUCCCCAAACAUUUUUGCUAUUGCCUUCAGUUUCAGUGUCAGCUUACCUCAGGUGGGUGCUGCUGUCUAUUCCAGGCUUCUCGAGAGCCCCAAAAAGGCCACAAAGGCUGAGGCUGUUUCAGCUGCUUGGAGAAACUGCUAUUAACAGAGCCAGAGUCCUGCUGUGAGCCUGGAACUGGGAAUGCAGAUAACCCACACAGAGCUCCACUGGCCUCAGCGUACUCAGUAGUUUGUUCAAUGAGUAAGAAGCAGAAAAUCUUUCCUGGCAAAACAAUGAGGGAAGAUACCUGGCUUUUACCUUCCCCUUCUCAGCCAUCUGUGGGACUUCUCACAGGACAAGUGGGGAGGACCAGAGAGAAAUUUAGGCAGUCAUAUAUAUUUCAGCUUAGGUAUUACACAGUCCUAGGCUAGGGAGUAGUGUGUGUACCUCAGUUCAUCCACCUGCAGAUGUAAUUUCUUUCCUUUGUUCUUUAGACUAUCCCUCCCUGUAUUCUGUUCUCUCUUUGCUGUCUUCUUCUACUGUCUUACAAACUGCAGAAAACAAAAGACCAUUAAUUCUGAUUAAUUCACCAUCUGAUCUUACAAACCCACCAGGGGAGCAGUUGGUGCUCAAGAAGACAUGUCAGACUGGGAUCUAUCCACUUUAAAAGGGAUCUCUGUUCUUUGUAACAUGCCUAGUGGUGCAGCAUGACUUCAAUAGUGCAGGUGCUGUCCUGGGUUCUCCUUGUCCACCACUGCAGCACGGACAAAACCCAUUACCUCCGAUGGUGCUAAGAAGUGUGGCCAUACCAUAAUCCAAGAGCUCCUCUCCUCCAACAAAGGACUCAGAGUUGGUGCUUGAAAGCCUUAAAGCCUUACUGACCUGGUCUUUCCUCCUCUACAUUGUUUCAGCUUUGCUUCAGUUUAGAAGGAACACUUCCAUUUUCCAGUAUGACACCCUUUAGUGCCAUAAAAUUUUAAGUACCUAUGCAGAAUCUAAAGCAUGUUUAGCAGAGAAAAGCCAUGUCAAGCAGGUGAUCCAAAAUGCAUUAGCUGUUAAAUCAAGAUCAUUCAAAAACAGAACAAGACUUUUGUUUAGGAAGGCCACUAGCAGUAAGACUCAUCCCUAAGAGAGGCUGGUGCUACCAAAUCCACAGCUAAAUUGCCAUGCAUACUCAGGAGGUCAGGUUUGGCUUGGGGAGCUCUGCACUAGCAACAUGCAGUUAUGAAAAUAGAGGAAAGCCUCAUUAUCUUGGCUGGUUUGGGAGAAGGGUGGAAACUUCCCCCAUGAACAAUGACCAUAGACCAAAUCAGAUUUAUUUAAUCUUUGUGUCACCAUCAUGAAAUGGAGUACUUAAAAUCAAUACAGACUACACAAAGGAUAGUCAAAGAGAUGUCUUAAUGUUUUUUUUAUGUUUUAAAGUACACAAGUCUUUUUCAGUGUACUUCAUAGCUAGCCAAGAACUCCCAUCCAGGCAAUUUGAGGCCAAGGAAGAGAAUCAGAUUUGUCUGAACUUAAAUGCACAGUUUUUCUGGAUGUCCUCUCUUUAGUGAUGUAGUGAUGAUUACCCUUCCAUAAUAUGGAGGCAUGUAAGUACAUAUAGGUACUGUGUAAGUACAUAAUAUGUAUUUACAUACAAUAACCCAGAUUAUACAUUAAGGUAGUAUUUUACCUAAGCAAUAUGUUAAAUGGAAAAGCACCCCCCAACCCAGUUUAGGUAAUUGAAUUUUUUAGAAAAGCACCAGGUACACCUACUUCAACAAGGAAAAAAGUUAAAAAGCAAUAAAAAUUAAAUAAAAAUCAACUCUCUGUGUAGUUGUGAGAUCAUAAUUUGGCAGGGAUGGGUAAAUACUAUUCAAAACAGAGCAGGAAACUACUAAAUGCAUGCAAAACAGAACAGCAGCAACAGGAGAAAGAUGAUGGCUACCUUAGUGGGUAGCUAAUAGUGACCUUAAAAAUCCUCCCAGGCCUGUUCCAACCCUGAAACGGUUUCAUAAACAAAACCUACCAAAACCAGCUGCUGUCACUUGGAGCCCUGUUCACUUGCACAGCGCUCCUGUGUUAUGUGGAGAUGACACAGCCUUACUGAAACACAAUUGGUAAGUACUGUUGUUUUGGUUUUCAGCCAGAAAAUCUAGGAACAGAAUCUAGGCAUUAAUCCAUUGCCCUAACUCCUACAAAAGCCUUUCCCCCUUAACAAAGGAUGUUACAUUUUUCUCUGCUCCGUGGUGUUCACAGUGAUGCCCAGCGCUCUUCCAUAUUGACCAGUUUACAAUGCACAUUGGUUUGUGUCCUUUACAUUCCCUGCACGCCACAGAAGGGAAUUGGUGCCUACAGUCAGAUUUUAUUAUCAAAUGCUAUUUUAACACAGUGCAAGAGUACUUCCCAAGCUCUUGGUUCAGCAUCCUCCAGUGACUUUAGUAAAAGGUCAUUAUCACUGAAUUAUUUUCACUUCAGGUUGGUUAUGUUCACUGCUGACACUAAUAUGAACAAAUAAAAUAAAAGUUCAUGUUGAUACUA